AUGCCACAAGCACCCGCGGAGAGCAUCGCAAACCUGCGCGACAUGUUUCGCUCCUCCACCGAGAAGAUCCCACCGGACCUGCGGCGCGCCCUCGCUCUUCUCGACUUCACUUCUCUCAGCGACCUAGAAGAGCGCUUCCUUGCCACCACCGCUUUUCUUACGCCGUGGUCCGUCUUUCGUGAUUCUUACCUUCUCCUUAGUGGUUCCCAAGCCACAGAGCCGAGUGAGAUCGCCCGCUCUGAUAUUCUGUGGUUCUACACGCAAUUCGACGAAGGCGUGCGCAGGCACGAUCCACGCGAUGAGCGCCCAGGCGUGAACUUCGACAUUGACAAGAGCAAUUGGGGAGCAGGUGAGCACGAGAAGCACAUGUACGCUUGGAUGCUGCAAACCUUCUGCGUAGGCAAGACUCGCAAUCUCUUUGGAUUUCGUUACUUCGAGUUCAGGAAUGUCUGCAAAGCGUGGGAUGAAGUCUUCGUUCCUAUAGUCAAGGCUGUACGCGCGAGCUACAGCGUUCGUGGGCGAAGACACUACGGCCGGCUUGCGCUGUUCAUCGAGGAGCGAAGCCCCAGUCGUCUCGCGUUUCCGGAAGGAAAUAUCAGCAUGCCUGAUGGAGUCAUUGACUCUCCAACGCCAUUCAGGAUGUGCUCGAGGCCGACCCAUCUCCGUGGUAACAGUGAGUCGAUGCUAACAAAGAAGCAUUACGACGAAACAGAGCGGGAACUGCGCGAUGUUUAUCCGCAGUAUGGAGGCUUGGUCGAGCGUCCGAUUUUCAAACAGAAGAUGGACGAUUGGUUGCAAGUGCAGAGAGACCGCGCUGCUCACCGGAAGGCGAUCACAAAGCCGGAGGUUGUGCAGUACGUACCGAAGUAUCAGCCGCAGAUCGUACUACAGGAUGAGGACAGACACGGCAGGUCUCCGACCAAAGCUUCAUCGGAGAAGAAGCGCAAUCGCAGCCCAAUCAAGCGGUACUCUGAUAGCAUCCGGAGAUCGCUGCGUGCACUGUGGCCCCCAACUAAUCGCACUGACACAAUCGUACAGGAGCCAAAGAGUCCACUCCAUGGCGUUACUCGACAAAUCCACAUCCCAGAUUAUGAGCCUGACCAUGGCAGCCAGUACUCACAGGGAACAGCUGUGACGCGCAACGUGGAUGAAGACGAGGAAUGGCCGAUACCUACUCCACGUCUACAUCUACUAGAGGGACGGAGGCCGCGACCCUCUAAGAGCACGUUGAGCUACGGCUCAGAGCAACUCACCGGAGCCACACCUGAGGACCCUCGAGAUCAUGUCUGGUCACCUAUGGGUGCUCCGAGCGCCAUCCCGCCUGCACUGGGUAUAGGAUCUGUUAGACGCGACGAGUCGAUGAUACACCCAUUGUUGAGGACAAAGAGAUCGCACCCAGAAGUCCGUCAGCCCAGCUACGAAGGCAAUGACUAUCAAGACGAGGUCAGCGUGCCCAACCUGCACUCCAGGAAUGUCAGCGCCGAAGGUUACACAGCAAGCAGCGACAUAGCACCGGCCAAGUUGCGCAGUCGUCUUCCUGCACCCAUCAAAGUCCCGCCCCCGUAUGUCAGCAAGCUACGCAUCGCGUCUAACGACGCCCACCGCAACAACCCCACUCCCAAGCCCGCAGCUGCACGCCGGCCCCCCAGCCCGCCCAGACACAUUCCAUGGCCUGGCUUUGAAGAUGCUCCUCCGCGACCCUCGCACGCCGCAUCCGCCCUCGCGCCACCGAUCCCUACGAGAAGCCCCGAGCGCAGACCCUCAGCACGCGACGCCAAAUCCGAGCAGCCUGUGCGCCGGCGAGUCCUCAGCAGCGGAGACGCCACAUCUCAUGAGAUGCUGCGCAUCGUGUCCAAGGAGAACAUUCGUGGGGCUCUGAGUGGUCUGACGCCGGACAGCUCGCUGGAGAACGUCGGUGAGCAGACUGCGAUGGCGCCGAAGCGCGUGGUAACUCCGCAGAAGCUGGAGGCGUAUAAUACGCACAUGUUUCCGAGGAAGGAUAAGAGAUCUGACAUGAAGUAGUAGGAGCUGAGCAGAUAAGUGUUGAAGGAGAAAAGACACUGUUGAACGUGAGGGGAGCAAAUUGACACUGGCGGAAGGAAGGAAGCGUAUUUGGGGAGCGAUGACAAUGCAUCAAGCAUUGCACGAGACUGUAAGAUUCAUUUGCGAGUAUCGGCAUACUCUGGACCAUGCUCACAUGGCAUGGUGGAAGAACCACGAGUGGA